AUGAAUUGCUGUGGGUGGCUGUGGGUUAUUUCCUUUAUGCUGAUUGUUAUCCGAAGUCUAUCGAUGAACACCUGUCCGCAAGGGAAGGAUUUAAUCAACGUGGUGCUGUUGGACGACAACGACUCACCAUGGAGUCUGGGUUUUGUGAAAAGUGCAGUGGAAGAGGCAACUAUGUACGACCAUGAACUGAAUGUUGCAGCAGGUGUGGACUUUAAUCUGACGGCCAGUUACGAUGGGUACAAAACCAACCAGUACCAACGGAAAGGCUGUGGAAGCAGCACCUGUGAAGGUGUUGAGAAGCUGAAGACUCUGACUACCGAGGGCAGGACAGGCUGUGUUCUGCUGGGACCCAGCUGUACUUACGCCACUUUCCAGAUGGUGGAUACGGAGGUUGGGCUGAUUAUGGGCUUGCCCAUUAUCUCGGCCGGGAAUUUUGGGUUGUCAUGCGACUUCAAGGACAACCUGACUCGUCUGCUCCCACCUGCCCGGAAAAUCUCCAGCUUUUUUCUUAAUUUCUGGGAGUAUUCCAAACUCCUCAAGGAAAGCUGGACCACAGCGUAUGUCUAUAAGAAGGCAGAACAAACGGAGGACUGCUUCUGGUACAUCAACGCCCUGGAGGCGAGAUCGGCUGCGUUCUCCUCGAGCGUGGAGAGGUUUGUCCUGCAGAGUCCAGAGGAUUUGCAUUCAGCAAUCAAUGAUAAAAAGAGGGAAAGCAACGUGUUCAUUCUCUGUGGGUCUCCAGACGACAUCGCCAAUCUGACCAAGGACAUCGAUCGAAAACUGCACCUUGAAAUUAUCUUCAUUUUGAUCGACCUUUACAACCCUACCUAUCACCUUAAUACCACAUCCAGCCCUCACAUGGAAAAUGUCCUGGUGCUUACUAUGCCCAAUAGAAACUUCACAAUUCAGGAUGACCCAUCUGGCAAUGAGACGGUGAUGAACGACUAUGUGUCAGCAUACCGAGAUGGGGCGCUGCUGGUUGGCCAGGUGGUUAGGCGGUUGUGGAAGAAGCCUGGUCUCUCCAAGUUUUCCAUCAACAUGCAUAACUUCCGCAAUCUCUCCUUCACCGGUUUGGGUAGGCACUAUGUUCUGGAUGAAUAUGGUGACAGGGAUGUGGAUUUCUCUGUGAUGUACACCACUGUGGACAUGGAGUAUAAGACCCUUUUGGAGUUUAACACGUCCACCAGCCAAAUCUCAGUCAAAGAUGACAAACCGGACUUUUUCUGGCCCAAUAAUGUCCUACCAAGUGACGUCCUCAAACAAAGCGGUUACCUGCAGGUUCAUAACAUCGUAGUCAUUGUGCUGAGCAUCACUGUCGUGAUGGUGGCUGUACUUGCUUUCAUCCUUUACAGGCAGAACAGGAAGGACCGUCAGCGACAGAAGGAAUGGUCUCACAUCAACCCCGACAUGAUCACCACAGUAGAACCCAACGAGCAGAGCUUUGUGUCCCUGAAGAUUGAUCAGGACCACAAGAAGAAUGACCGAAUCCGCCGUGGGCGCUACGACAAAAAGAUUGUGAUUCUGAAGGAGCUGAAGCAAUCAGACGGCUACUUCAGCAAAGGCCAGAGAAUAGAACUGAACACUCUCCUGGCAGUGGAUUACUACAACCUGACCAAGUUCUAUGGCACAGUUAAGGUUGAGAAUGAAGUGUUUGGAGUAUUUGAGUAUGGAGAGAGGGGGUCCCUCAGGUAUGUGCUGAAUGACAAGGUCUCAUACCCAGAGGAAACCUUCAUGGAUUGGGAGUUCAAGAUCUUUGUCAUGUAUGACAUUGCCAAGGGCAUGUCCUACCUGCACUCCAGCAACAUCCAAGUCCACGGCCGCCUGAAAUCCACCAACUGUGUGGUGGACAACCGCAUGGUGGUCAAGAUCACCGACUUUGGCUGCAACACCAUCCUGCGCCCCGGCAAAGAUCUGUGGACGGCGCCGGAGCACCUGCGGAAGGAGGGCAUCUCUCAGAAGGGUGACGUGUACAGCUUCGCCAUCAUCUGCCAGGAGAUCAUCCUGAGGAGGAACCCCUUCUACACAGAGGUCUACUCUGACCGAGAGGAGAAGAUGUACAGAGUCCAGUACCCGGACUCCUCCACCUGUUUCUUCAGGCCGGACCUGAGAUUCGAGAACGCUGGAGACAGGCUGGAGGUAUACACACUCAUAAAAAGCUGCUGGGAUGAGGACCCAGAGAAGAGGCCUGACUUCAAGAAAAUAGAGGGCUGUCUGGGCAAGAUCUUCAGUAACCUGAGUGACCAGGCCAACGAGAGCUACAUGGACAACCUGAUCCGCCGCCUGCAGCUCUACUCCCGUAACCUGGAGCACCUGGUGGAGCAAAGGACGGCGCUGUACAAGGCUGAGAGGGACAGGGCCGACCAGCUCAACUUCAUGCUGCUGCCCGGUCCUGUGGUGCGCUCCCUGAAGGAGACGGGGAGCGUGGAACCCGAACUGUUCGACGAGGUGACCAUCUACUUCAGUGACAUUGUGGGCUUCACCACCAUCUGCCAGUACAGCACGCCUAUGGAGGUGGUGGUCAUGUUGAAUGACAUCUACAAGAACUUUGACAGGAUCCUUGACAACCACGAUGUCUACAAGGUGGAGACGAUCGGCGACGCCUACAUGGUGGUGUCGGGGCUCCCGCGGCGGAACGGGAACAGACACGCGGUGGACAUCUGCCACAUGGCCCUGGACAUCCUGGCCUUCAUGGGCACCUUUGAGCUGCACCACCUGCCCGGGCUGCCCGUGUGGAUCCGCAUCGGAGUGCACUCCGGUCCAUGUGCAGCUGGAGUGGUGGGGAGCAAGAUGCCUCGGUACUGCCUGUUUGGAGACACAGUGAACACUGCCUCACGCAUGGAGUCCACAGGACUACCACUGCGGAUCCAUAUCUCGCAGCCCACCAUCAGCAUCCUCCAGAGGACGGACUGCAAGUUUGAGUUUGAGAUGCGAGGGGAGACCUACCUGAAGGGAAAAGGCACUGAGAUCACCUACUGGUUGACUGGUGUCACAGGGAAGGAUUACAAUUUGCCAACACCCCCAACAGCUGAGAACUUUCAGCGUCUGCAGCUGGCAGAGAUGAUCCUGCCCAUUCUGGAGAAGCGCACGCCAGGCACCGAUGGCAUGGAGAAGAGGAAGACCCUUUCGACUCGUCAGAAGAAAAGGGAGAAGGACAAGCACAUGGUAGACUUCCAGCCAGAGUACCUGCACUUGGCUACCGUUGACAACCUCAACACAUACCUGUAAUUGCUAAGGUAGACCCCUGAACUUGGCCUAUGCCUGAGGCCCCCAAACAGGCUACAAACCUCAGCACAAACCUGUAGCUAAUCCCACAGACAACCAAGAUCAACACAAACCUGUAGUUAAUCUCACAGACAACCAACUUUAACACAUACCUUCCCUGCAGUAAAAUCCAGCUCUGCCAGCUUGAAAAUUGAACUGGUUACAAUGGUCAAAAGCUGGUCUAGCUGGAUAUGAGCUGGUCAUAAAGCUGGUCUAUCUGGGUAUGAGCUGGUCAACCAGCUUGUGCUGGUAGCUUGUCUGAGCUACCAGCUACCAGCUGUUUCAAAACAUAUCUUGAGCUGGACAAACCAUGUCUAGCUGGGAGUUGGUCUGAACUGAUCAACCAGCUAAAUCAUGUCGAGCUGGGAGCUGUUUCUAAACCUAGCUUGAGCAGUUUUUUUCAGCAGGGUGUAGCUAAUCCCCACAGAUAGCCAAGUGAUGGAGAAGAGAGAAAUCAAUGUAGACCUGUUAGUACAACAGCAAGGGACACUUCGU